GGCGUGCCACGCAAGCUCCAAGCGCCCAUGCAGGUCGCUACUUCAGGACUCUGCUUACGCGAAGGUAGAGAAGGGCUACACUUGACACUGCUGCGAUGCUCGACUCUCAGGGUAAUGCGCCACCGGACGUGCUCCCACCUGACCUCGUACCAGCGGGAGAGUCGGCAAUCCAACGGACCGCCGCCACGCUGCAUGCAGUGCAGGAGUGAGCGAGUGGCAUGCACAGGCUCGCUCCGCCGGUCAGCAUAUGCUCCAUCCGCAACAACCUCGAGCAGUCGCAUCCAGCAGAUUCAGAUUUGGUGCAGGUGCUCACGGCUGUGGGUCAAUCUGAGUGGCGUCUCGAAGGACCCGUGCAGGCUCCUCGAGCCAACAUCUUCCUCACGUCAAAGCGGAAACUUCGCUGUAGCGCCGAGUCACGCGAGAGCCAAAGCAGCAAGUCUGGUCGAGUGUACAUAGCAAGCAGUCACGACUCACGAGUGCAAGGAUAUCACGCUAAAAAUCACCGACUGCAUGCAUGCAUGCUUCGCAGCUUGCGUUGCACUCCUCCCACAUGUUGUGACGGCUUGACCCCCCUCCCGUCUGCUGGUCCGUCGAGAGCGCGAACGUGCGCUCACGGCAAGCUUCUGCUGGAGUUGCUUCGCUGCCGAGCGGCACGCUUGUUCGCGAACGUAGUCGUCUUACCGGCAGCUUGCGCCGAUUUAGAGCUCUCCGUGUUCGCGGGCAAGUCCACAGUCAGAGCUGCGAGGAACGCCAGGGGCACAGAGAUUCAUUGCAGGUGGUCAGGAACGUGUGUGACCGCAUGGUCUGGCGCAAAGCUUGCCUUUCCUUCUCUCCGUCCUCGAACCUUUCGACAGCGAGCGCUGAUAGUAGCAUACUUGCUUCAGUAAAUUUUCGCCCCGAAGCAUCGCACGCUCUUUACUACAUCUCCUCACACCCACCACCACAAGCAUCGCUCACAACGACUUCAACUCGCAAUCAUACAGAAUCUUGGGCGCCAUGUCUGCACAACAGGGCGAAGUCCUCCAUGAUGCCGCCACGUACGAUGAUAAGAAGGCACAGCCUUCGGUCGAGGUCAACGAGGUAGGCUCAGGCAAGAAGAGCACCAUCAAGAUUGGAAAGGAGCUGGGUCCUGUCGCUCGUAAGUGUCAAGGUGCUCUGAGCGUGACUG